GGUGACAUAACUUUGUUUUGAUUUUCUCGCAGAGCACCACAUUAUUCGGUGCAGGAGUUAUCAUUGAAUUUUGUUGCAUUUAUCACGAGUUUCCCCAGUAAAAAUGGUAUUCACCACUGUAGUUAACUUCGUUCGUGCACGAGGACCGGACGAAUUCUGGAGGAAGCGGAAAAUCUUCAAAUUGGCCGCGCACUACAUCGGUCGUCCACGGAACUGCUACUCGAUAACGAUCCGAAGCGUGCAUCGAGCUUUGGCCUAUGCCACCAAGGGACGGGAGCUGAAGAAGCAAGAUAUGCGAGAACUGUGGACCCAGCGGAUUAACGCCGGAUGCGAGCAGCACGGAAUGCAGUUCGCCGCUUUCCAGGAUGGUCUACAUAGGAAUGAGGUUUUGUUAAAUAGGAAAGUGUUGGCUGAUCUUGCGAUUUGGGAACCGAGGACUUUUGAAGCGUUGGCACUUAUUAGCCAACAAGUUCCAGAAGAUGACGAAGGAUCUUCAUCUAGCCAAUAAGUAUAGUUUCAUUGUUAAGCAAUGAAACGUAAGAAUUAUUGAAUAAAACUAGUUAUUGUUUAA